GCUCUCUAAGAUUGCUAUAGCUUGUAUUCUUUUAUUUUGGUAGUAAUUGAUACCAAUUCACAUCAUGCCGCCCAAGACUAGUGGAAAAGCCGUGAAAAAAUCUGGCAAAGCUCAGAAAAAUAUCACCAAGUCUGACAAGAAAGGUCGCAAGAAGAAGAGGAAGGAAAGUUACGCUAUUUACAUCUACAAGGUGUUGAAGCAGGUCCACCCUGACACUGGCGUGUCAUCCAAGGCCAUGAGUAUCAUGAACAGCUUCGUCAACGAUAUCUUCGAACGUAUCGCUGCUGAAGCUUCAAGAUUGGCUCAUUACAACAAGAGAUCCACCAUCACCUCCCGGGAAAUUCAAACUGCUGUUCGUCUUUUGUUGCCCGGUGAAUUGGCCAAGCACGCUGUCAGUGAAGGUACCAAAGCUGUCACCAAGUACACCAGCUCUAAGUAAAUCUGACCACGAGAUAAAUAUUUCAACAAACCAAACGGCCCUUUU